AUUGCAUCACAGUUAGCUGUUUUGAUAUCAAAAGUAGCAAGGGUUGAAACAAAGUCCUGGACAGAAUUGAUGCCGACACUGUUACAGGUAUUGCCUAUUGGAUGAUUAAUAUGGUUGGGUACUUUUGUUUGUAUUGUUCAUUUUCAUUUAGAUUAUUUAUUUACAUUUUACAAAAUUGUUUGUGAUGUUACUCAGAGUGUAUAUCCACACCGGGCAAGCUUGAAAAUAUGCCUCAGUGGACACGGUGGGAAUCGAACCUACGACCUUUUGAAUACUAGCCCAAUGCUCUGCCAACUGAGUUACGCGGUCAGGAUGGUUCGAGUAUGUGAUAUUUCGGAACUGAGUCUAGUUUCUUGAUAUCGAAGGAACUAGACUCGGUUCCGAAAUAUCACCUACUCGAACCGACCUGACCGCGUAGCUCAGUAGCUUUAUAGUUGUUAUGAAUAUUUAAUGUAUGUUCUGAGCCAGAGUAUAAAGGUCAGCGUAUGACCCACAGAAUGUAAACAUUAUCUCGACCGCCAUAUUUGUAAAAUGUUAGGUACAAUUUUAAGUAGAAUAAAGCCUAUUAAAACUGCAUCUUUCGUAGUUUUCUCACAACAAUUUAUUCAACUUAAACUAUGGAUAAAGUAUUACGUCCUGCGUAGCUCCUGCGUCCGCGUAGCUCAAAGACUUGACAAAACUGAAACUCAUUGGAUGAAAUAAAACAUUUUGUAAAUAUAUAAUCUAGAUGAACUUUGGUGGCGCAAUCGUCAGCGCAUGCGUCUUUCACCUGUGAGUUCGUGGGUUUGAUUCUCGCUACGGACUCAUGUGAAAAGAGUCAGUCAACCCUCUGACGAAAGUCGUGGGUUUUCUCCGGGUGCUCUGGUUUCCUCCCACAGGGAAAGUUGACAGGGUGGGUUAGGAUAAACACAGUUAAGAAAGUAAUAUCACAAUUGUUGUAAAGAUAAAAUAGUCUAGGUUCAGUAAGUAAUUAGGUAAGAGUAAUACUUGAUGUAAAGCACAUUUGAUCAUAUACACAUGCGCUAUAGAAAUGCUAAUCGUAAAUUUACGUAUAAGAUUCAAAUGAGCAUUUUUCAUCUUCAAGGGUCUUCAGAAUCCCGAUGCAAUGUAUCGACUGAGGUCGUUGCUUAUAUUUCAACAUGUUGUGAAGAUGAUGGCUUCGAAAAGAUUAUGCACGGAUAAAGAAAAUUUUAGAGAGGUAUUUAUAACACUUGUGUGA